CCGCAGUCAUCAGUUCUCCCGCUGCUUCCAACGAAGCCGUUCCCCAACGCAGUAACUCCCGCUGUGCCAUCGCUCCGAGCUUACCGUCGCCUCUCUCUCGCUCUCUCUCGCUCUCGGCGUCGUUUCUCAGAGAUAACGUUGUUCAGAAGCGUUUUUGCCUCGUAGUUUCAGGUGUGUGAGCGAAUGCCGCUGUAGGAGGAGCGGCAGAGAGAGCAGGCGAUUCGCGAGAGGGGAAAUAACUUGAGCUGUUCAGACUGGAAUAUGAAGACCGCGGUAGGGAAAGAAUGACCGAUUGCCUGAUGCAUACUUAUUCACGCUGAUCGAGCAGCCAAGUUGGUAGUGUCGCGAUACGAAGGUAUUUCGCUCCUGGAUUAAAAUUGUGGUGGAAAAUCGCCUCUGAUUCUCGCCUUGAAGUGACUUCUCAAUGGGGAGAACAGUUGGGAAAAUGCCUUUGCCACAAUCAUGCCAUCGACUGGGCUAGUGAAAAGUGACGAAUCUCACUCCUUUAAGCGAAAGCCUGAGAGUUAACUACAGUGACUGACGAGGACUGUGAUCUCGAUGGACAUACGGAAGAAGAAGACCAACACAAAUAUGCUGUCGAGUUUCGUGGAAUAUACAAAAUUCCCCGGAAUGACUCUGAGAAUAUGGAUGACCUUCAUCUCUUUGGCGGCGCUGUGGCAGACGAGCUGCGCUUAUCAGAACGAACCAGCCUUCGCCGAAGGGACAGAGAACCCACAGCGGAUGUGGGACCCGGAGAAGGGCAACAUUUUGGGCCAGAGAGGCAUAGUGGUGGCCAGUCUAGAAAACGUCACAGUGACCAACCAGACGGCGCAGAUUGGCUCAACCACCUUCUUGCACUGCCAUGUCAGAAAUAUGGCAGAUAAGCAGGUGACUAGUCAGUCUGCUUCAAAAGGUGAUGGUGAUGAGUCCCAGGAAGAAUUAUUCAAGGUCUCCUGGAUCCGAAGGCGCGACUACAACGUCCUGUCUUCCGGUCUCCUAACGUACAGCCGUGACCAGCGCUUCAGCGUCGUCAGGCCCGAGGAUUCGGACGACUGGGCCCUUCAGAUCAAGUUCGUCCAGGAGAGAGACGAAGGUGCUUAUGAGUGCCAGGUAUCGACGAAGACGGGGAGAUACGGCUACCUAGUUAACUUGAAAGUAGUCGUGCCGGAAGCGGUCAUUUCCGGCGGUUCCUCAGAGCUGCAUGUCCAGUCGGGAUCAACCAUUUCCUUGCUCUGCAUUAUUCAAGGGAGCCUGAUCCCGCCGCAGUUCAUCUUGUGGUACCACAACGACAACAUGAUCAACUACGACCAGUCCCGAGGAGGCAUCACGGUCACGAUGGACGACUCCGACUUCACCUCCUCCAGGCUCACCAUCAGCAACGCCAGUUUCAAGGACUCGGGCGUCUACAACUGCAGCACCAGCAACACGAAGCCGUCCUCCGUCAAUGUUUACGUGUCUGAAGGUGACAAGACAGCAGCAAUCCAGCGACUGGGCUCAGGAAGCGGUGGAAAUCUGCUCCAUGGAGUCACCUCUUUCUUCUCCCUCCUCCUGACUUUGCAACUCCUACUGGCUCUGUGCAACCUCAUCGUCAUUACAGGCACCUGAUCCUACUGAGGAUAAUCUCAAAAAAAAAAAAAAAUACUGGAAUUGUAAUACUUUUGCCAUGAUGCCCAACCCUUUACACUACCACCCCCCCCCCCCCUU